UUCCACUAAAGCUGACUUUUUUUUUUUUCCCUUAAUCUUAUCGCCAAAAAAAAAAAAACACAUAUUUCCAACAACAGCGACAUUUCGACUCCAAAGUACAUAUCAUUCGUUGUGAUCAGCAAAAAAGAAAAGAAAAAAAUGGCAAGGUCAGGGGUUGAUGAGACAUCAGAAUCUGGAGCUUUUGUAAGAACAGCAUCAACAUUCCACAGCUUUGUUUCACAAGAUCCUCAUUCUCAGUUCCCAGCUGAAUCAGGAAGAUAUUAUCUUUACAUAUCUUAUGCUUGUCCAUGGGCUUGUAGAUGUCUUUCUUACUUGAUGAUCAAAGGCCUUGAUGAUGCAAUCAGCUUCUCGUCGGUUCAUUCCAUUUGGGGAAGAACCAAGGAAACUGAUGACCAUAGAGGAUGGGUUUUCCCUGAUACAGAGCUCCAUGGAGCUGAGCCUGACUAUCUUAAUGGUGCAAAGUCUGUUAGAGAACUCUACGAGAUUGCUAGCCCCAACUAUGAAGGGAAGUACACUGUUCCUAUUCUGUGGGAUAAGAAGCUUAAGACUGUAGUUAACAAUGAGAGUUCAGAGAUAAUCCGAAUGUUCAACACUGAGUUCAAUGGUAUUGCGAAAAACCCAUCACUCGACCUUUAUCCCUCUCAUCUUAGAGACAGAAUCGAUGAGACUAAUGAAUGGGUUUUCAAUGGGAUAAACAAUGGUGUUUAUAAAUGUGGGUUUGCUAGGAAACAAGAACCCUACAAUGAGGCAGUGAACCAGUUAUAUGAAGCAAUAGAUAGAUGUGAGGAAAUACUCCGGAAACAGCGGUACAUUUGCGGAAACACUUUCACUGAAGCAGAUAUCAGAUUAUUCGUCACCCUCAUAAGAUUUGAUGAGGUUUAUGCGGUUCACUUCAAAUGCAACAAGAGACUCUUGAGGGAGUACCCGAAUAUCUUCAACUACAUAAAAGACAUCUACCAGAUCAAGGGCAUGAGUAGCACUGUGAACAUGGAACACAUUAAACAACAUUACUACGGAAGCCACCCUACGAUAAACCCGUUCGGAAUCAUCCCUCACGGACCGAACAUCGACUACUCUUCACCUCAUGACCGCGACAGAUUCUCCUCAUGAAACAUCAUACAUCAUAUGUCAAAUGUUUUAUCUCCUGUCCUAAAAAUAACAGCCUUAUUGACAAAUCAUGUCUCUGUUUUUUUUGGUUUAAAAGUUGAUACUUGUGUGAAAAUGUUGGAAGUGAUGUUACUAAUGUUCUACAUUUUGCAAAGUGAUUGUAUUUUGGAGAUUAACUUAAAUGUUGAAACACUUGGAGAAAAGCUUUUUGAUA